AUGAGCAAGAUGAAAGCUAUACAUAUCCCAGAGUUUGUCGAAGCCGUUUCGGCUUUGCGUGCCACGGAAGUCGAGACUCCCCGACCCAACGACAGCCAGUACCUCGUAGAGAUCACUCAUUGCUCGCCGCAACAUGCCGAUAUCCUUCAUGCCCAAGGCAAGCACCAGAACAAUACCAAACGUGGCUGGUGUCAUGCCCCAUUCGUGCUGGGCUAUGACUUUACCGGAAUCGUGCAGUCAGUCCCCGAAAGGGCGAACAAAGAUGGUCUGAGAACAGGCGACAGAGUGUUUGGCGCGGCAAUUGGUGCUUUCGCAGAAUACAUAUGUGUGUCUGCAGGCUCCAUUCGCAGGAUACCAGACAAAUUGUCCAGUGAGGCAGCAGUCGCCAUGUCUGGUCAGGCAGUAAGCUAUGCCUCGGUCGUACACAUUGCGAAAGUGCAAGCUGGAGAAACAGUGCUUGUCAGCGGUGCUAGUGGAGGCUUGGGCAGCGUCUGCUGCAUGGUCGCGAAAGCCGUAGGUGCCAAGGUUAUCGCAUUGGCUGGAGAUCAGAGCAAAGCCGGUCACAUGCGAAAAGCUAUGGACGUAGACCACGUGGUGGUCAUGGAAGGCGACUGGAUCGCGAAGGUCAAGGAGCUGACCGACGGUGUCGGCGCUGAUGUCUGCUUAGACAACACGGGUAUGGUCAAUGAUGCCAUCAGAUGCGUGGCAUACUUUGGUCGGAUUGUCAUCUUGGGCUUCGCCGCGCGAAAGGGAGCUAUGGAAGAGGUGAAGAUGAACAAGCUGCUGCUGAAGAGUAUCACCGUGACGGGGUAUAGAUUUGGUGAAAGUGGGAGAAGAUAUCCCGAGGAGCUCGAACGGAUUUGGCAGGGUUAUCUGCGUAUGUUGGAGACUGGCAAGCUGAAGGCCAUGAUGUACGGCAAGUACGAAGGUCUCGACGACAUUGGCAGAGCAUUACAGGACCUGCACGAGCGUAAAGUGUAUGGCAAGAUAGUUGUGAGCGUUGCGAACCCUUCAGGCAAGCUGUAA